GAUCUUCCUUUUGAGCUAGUAUUUGGUCUUUUAAUUUUAUAUUCUGUUCCACAUGUCUGUAUCAAUUAUAAACAGGUGAUUAUUUAACUGGGCUUUCAAUCUUGCAGAAAGCUUUUUUUCAAUAGUUUCAUUUCUGGAACCACAGGAACCGGUCCCUGUGUCUGGAACUGCUAUCAAUUGAUAGAAUGGGAUAUAGAUAAUAAAUUUUGUUGUAAUUGGAUAUUGGAUUAUAUAAAAAUUAUAAAAAAUCGGCUGAUUCUGGAAGCUUUUAAGGGUCAAGCGGAACAAAUACUAGCUGACUAAAGAUAAGCAGUAUUUAAUAGUGUUUACUUGAAAACUGUUGCCUUUUGUUUCAUUAUAUAGAUUGACUGAAUGUCCGACUUAAAUAGGAAUACACAAAAUAAACAAAACGAGGGUUAAUAGUGUUUUUGUAAUAAGAUCUGUGCGCAAACUUGAUUUUUUUCACAUUUCCUCUGACUAUGAAUUUCUCACCAUGAUGUCUGCUCAUUGCAUGAAAAUAAUUUACAUCUGUGCAAUAGUACUAUCAGUGAGUUUGUUAACAAUCACAGGACUCUUUUCUCAUAAUGCCUUUAUGCCCGGGUAUUAUUUGAAAGGAAGCGUUAUAAUUGCAAAAUAUGUGUCGGUAUCAUGGGAACAGUGCGUUGAGUUUUGUUUAGCGAGGUCUAAAUGCCUUUCCGUAGAAAUGGAGGUUCGUUUCCAUUUAUGCCGGGUGUUGUCAAGCGAUACUUUAUCCAUUGGAGUGGAGCUAAAACGGAAACCAGGUGUAUGGUUCGGCGAGAAAAGGCAUUGGGACAAGGUGACUAUCGACAGCCAAUGUCUUGUCGACUGCUCUUUAGCCGAGAUGUGUUUCAUAAAUGGAUCAACCAUUUGUGCAAUAACUGAAUGUGGUGAACCUCCUAUACUUGACACUACAAGCGUGAUCCUUGGCUCUGAGCUCUAUGUUGGGUCAAUGAUUCAGUAUAAAUGCAUAGAUAAUGAGAUCGUUACAGCUAUGUCAGAGUGUAAAAUUGAUGGUCAGUGGUCACUACAAGAGUUUACUUGUCCAAUAGGUAUCAUAGAUAUCAUAUAUUUAUCUAAUUAUUCAAAUCAGUAUUUUGUUACCAGUAUCUUACGUUAUAAGUACACAAUGCCAUAACUUUAAAAGAUUUUUGGUCCGAAUUUGAAAUUCCUUUAUACCAUGAAUAAUGAUGCUGUAAUUUUAAGUAUUAUCAUACAUUACAACAAACCGCGAAAUAUGUAUAUAUAGGUUUUGUCCGUAAG